AACAGAGCCUUGAUAGUAUUGGUGUAGCCUCUUGGCUUGGCCUUUAGGCAACGAACCCCAAGCAGAGAAAGAGAUGGCGAGUGCUCUCCUCCACCUUCCCAUCAUAGACCUCGCCUCUACUGAUCGUCUCUCUACUGCUAAUUCCAUCCGUCAGGCGUGCACUGAACAUGGUUUCUUUUACCUCAUAAAUCAUGGGGUUGAGGAAGAGUUGUUAAAUAGAGUGUUCGAUGAGAGCAAAAAGUUCUUCUCACUCCCCCUCGAAGAGAAGAUGAGACUGGCUCGCAGGGAACAUAGGGGUUAUACACCACUCUAUGCUGAGAAACUUGACCCUUCUUUAGGAAAUAAAGGGAAGAUGAUUGACAAUGCUAAAGAAAGAGAAGGCCUAUAUUAUGUGGAAGGUUCUGUUGGUGACUCAAAAGAGAGUUUCUAUAUUGGUCCUCUGGGAAGCAUUUCAAGUUAUAGUGAUCUUAAUCAAUGGCCUUCAGAAGAAGCUCUGCCAUCUUGGAGAUCCAUUAUGGAAACUUACUAUGAAGGAGUAAUGGCUGCUGGAAAAAGAUUAAUGUCUCUAAUCUCUCUGGCUUUAAACUUAGAUGAAGACUUCUUCGAGAAAAUAGGGGCUUUUAAUCAACCAAUGCCACUUCUUCGUCUUUUACACUAUCCAGGGGAGUUGGGGCUUUCUGAUGAAGAAAUAUAUGGUGCGUCUGCUCAUUCAGACUAUGGAAUGAUAACUAUUCUUGCAACAGACGGUAUUGCUGGACUUCAGAUUUGCAGGGAAAAAUCUAAACAACCACAGGUUUGGGAAGAUGUGCAUCAUGUCAAAAGGGCCUUUAUUGUCAACAUUGGGGACUUGACAGAGAGGUGGACAAAUUGUUUGUUCCGGUCCACGUUGCAUAGGGUGAUGCCAACUGGACAAGAACGUUAUUCGAUUGCUUUCUUCCUGGAUCCAAAUCCGGACUGUGUGGUUGAAUGCUUGAAGAGUUGCUGCAGUGAUUUGAAUCCUCCUAGAUUUCCUCCCAUCCGCAGUGGAGACUACCUGAAAGAGAGGUUCCGGCUUACAUACGGUUCAUAGGUUUGAGUUCACUCCUGCUGCCUCUAAUCUGCCAGGAUCUGUCUCUAGAAUGUUCUUAUGAAAAUAUUUAUGAUAUUUACAAUAGAAGUUUCUAGAAUGUUUGGGGUGCAGCUGUCUAAAAGUGGCCCAAGAGCCACAUGAAUGAUGAAAUUGCUUGCACGCCCAAUAGACAGCUCACUAAAUCAUCUGAGGGCGGGGUAACACUAGCAGCAGGGUGGGUGGGUGGCACAAUACUUAGUGGCAAAGGGGGUUGGCGUGUUUGGGAUUGGGGGUGGGUCUUAGUUGAAGAAUCAUCACGUGUCUUCCUCUACUAUUUUUAAGUUUUAAGAGUAGUAAAGGAGUUGAUAAUAAUAAUAACAAUGCUAUGUUUAAGACAAGAAAUUAAGCCUCUUCUUCCUUUAAAGUUUAAAUUACAGCCAGGCCCCCCCAUCCAUCCUUUGACCCUCAUAUCUCUCUCACCUAACGUCUCUUUAACAUUUCUAUUUCUAUUUUAUUUUAUAUCUAAAUAUGGAAUUUUUGUAUCUACUUCUUGUUGUACUUUAUUAUAUAUUAUCUUAUCUUUUAUUUUUGUAUA